AAGCCUCCGACCCAGCUCCCUUCAACACACGUUUGUCCAACCGCGCUAGACCAGGGCCGUCCCGGACCUGGGGUACUGGAAGGCCCGGGCGGCCAGUACUCCCAGCCUCAGAGCCUCAGAGGAAAUGGCCCACGCCAAGUGCCCACCAUUCAGGGCUUUUUCACAGUGAGCCCGGCAGACGUGCUCACAGCUUGCUGAGACCGCUUCCUCCUGAGAAAAGGAUUUCUGCAGUUUUCGCCUUCACUUUGCAGCCUGACAAAGGGCAGAAUGGGGAAGCAGAAUAGCAAACUGGCCCCCGAAGUGAUGGAGGACCUGGUGAAGAGCACGGAGUUUAAUGAACAUGAGCUCAAGCAGUGGUACAAAGGGUUCCUCAAGGACUGUCCAAGCGGGAGGCUGAAUCUUGAAGAAUUUCAGCAGCUCUAUGUGAAGUUCUUCCCCUACGGAGAUGCCUCCAAGUUCGCCCAGCACGCCUUCCGCACCUUUGACAAGAAUGGGGACGGCACCAUCGACUUCCGAGAGUUCAUCUGCGCCCUGUCCAUCACCUCCAGGGGCAGCUUCGAGCAGAAACUGAACUGGGCCUUCAACAUGUAUGACCUGGACGGCGACGGCAAGAUCACCCGAGUGGAGAUGCUGGAGAUCAUUGAGGCCAUCUACAAAAUGGUGGGCACUGUGAUCAUGAUGAAAAUGAAUGAGGAUGGCCUCACACCCGAGCAGCGAGUAGAUAAGAUUUUCAGCAAGAUGGAUAAGAACAAAGAUGACCAAAUUACACUGGAUGAAUUCAAAGAAGCUGCAAAGAGCGACCCUUCCAUCGUAUUACUUCUGCAGUGCGACAUUCAGAAAUGAGCUGAGGGCAACGCUAUGGACUGCACAAAAGUCUCAAUGUUCCAUUCAGUCUGCAGCUAUUCACAUACACACACACACACACACACACACACACACACACACACACACACACAAAUAUUGCUUGGACUACCUAUAAAUGGACUGCUUCUUGUGUUUGAAACACUUGUGUGCAUGAGAAUGUCAUUUGCUAAUGAAUUUUAAAAGCAUAUAUUAUAAAACAGACAGACAACCUGCCACAAUGUGAUAUGUGUAAUACCAUUUCAUAAACAAUUCCUUCUCCUCCAAAGCCUGGGCAGAAAUGUGCUGCAAAGAGUUAUAUGGUUUCUUGUUCAUGUUUUGCUAAUGCUUGUGUCUCCUUGAUUACAUAAUGUGAGUAGCACGGAGACCCCCCACCCCCACCCCAUGGUAAUGUAACUUCAUGACAAGCUGUGUCACCAUCCUUCUAUAAAAUAGCACUGGGCAGAUACACACAGGAGCCAAGCCCCUCUAUGUAGUCCACACACAAGACCUUGUAUUACCAGUGAAUAUAAAUAUACUACAUCUGCAUGCCUUUUAGGUUUGCCUUAAUUCUUACCUCAUUUGCAUCCUACCAGUCUGGAAAGAGCUGUAUUGGAAUUUAGUAUAAAACUUAAAAAUCCUGCUAAAUGACUCAUUAAGUAUAUCUAUAUAUACAUAUACACAGAAAGAUAUUAUUUAUUGAAUGUUAAAGGAAAAAAGAUACAAGUGUAUUGAUUUCUGUUUGAAUUUUCAAAGGCUUCCAAAGAGGUGGCAAUAGAUGUCCCAAAUAAAUUUAUAACAUUUGACCUUUUCCCCUCAAUUCUUAUUUCAUAAUUUUAAAUCUGAAACAGAUGUUCAUAACCAUCAAGGGUCAGCUAGCAACAACUUACCAAAUCUACCUUUAACAUACAACUUUGGAAUUCAAAGAAUUAAUAUCAAAGAAGAAAAAAGCAACUUCCCAACUCUUCAUCCUGGCCCUCGAAAGAAGACAAUUAAUAUGGCAUGUAAAGUUUGAAUAAGACGUAACAUUUGUUCGUGCUAAAAAAAUGUUCAGUAUAUGAAAAUAAAUUGUAUCUCAGUGUGA